AGCAAACCAGCUCACCCAGUACAUACGAUGUUUAAGCUCUCCAACUUGCUCGCGCGAGUACAGUACUACGGGGAGCAGGUUUUCCCAAAUAGGAAACCUUGGCCCAGUUUGCGACCAAACUUUCCUAUUAUAGUGAACUGCAUAUAGCACAAAAACCGCCCUCUCCAUCUCUGCCCUCUCCAUCUCUGCACUCUCCAUCUCUGCAAUUUCAUUUCAGCCCCUCCUCUCCCCAUCCUCAGCCCUACUUAUUACUCACAAUGUCCUGCUGCCACCACUCUCCCUCACCCAUUGCUGCGAUGGACCACUCCUCGUCCUCCUCCACCCACAGCUGCGGCAUGGCCAUGACCUUCCAAGUAUCGUACGCCAAGAUGCCUAUCCUCUUCGACUCAGUCGUCCCCCGCAACACCGGCGAAUUCAUCGGUGCACUGGUGGUGAUCUUCCUCUUCUCGGGGCUGCUGCGCAGCCUGAUGCUCCUGCGCGUCUGGCUCGAGCAGCACUACUGGUCUCCAUCGGCCACGUACAACAAGGAAGCUGCCGGCCAGGAUGGGAGGCAGACGUUCAACCUGCCGAGAGAGCUGGCGAGGGCGGGGUUGACCGCUGUCACCGCCACCCUGGGAUACGCCGUGAUGCUGGUGACUAUGACUUUCGUCGUGGGAUACUUCUUUGCUGUUAUUGCGGGGCUUGCGGCUGCGGAGUUCGCAUUUGCACAUCUGGUGGGAGGUGAGGGUGGGGCUGCGGGUUGUUGUGGAUAGGUCUGUGGUGCGGGUCUUGGGCUGCGAGUGGAAAAGAGUUCGUGAAUCGUGUAACUGUUGAGAUGAUGAUGCAGUAUUGAGCGCCUAGCCGGGACUUGUUCUGCCGACUGCAUCUUUGUUGCGAUUCUCAGUUCAAAAUUCACAUCAUCAAGCCACAUCGUCAUCCGUCCAAGAUGUUGCGCAUUGGUCAUAUUGGUAAUAUUUGCACGCCUCGAGAAUCCUGUUUGUUUUCAUACCUAUGUACUUCUGCUU